UUAAUCAUUCGAAAGUUGAGUGCGUUGGCGGCGGAACGUAUCUUGUGUGUGUGUUUAAACUUGCGGACUCGCAAGUUUACAACAAUUUUUUAUAAUGAAAAAAUGGUGGAACUGGGUUCUCGCCUUUGCUUUGGCGUGCUUAUUAUUCGUUGUAAUACCUCUUUCCUAUCCCGGAGGUAGGAGUAAAGAGGAGUUACGGCCAAUGUUUGAAGAAUAUGUUCAGAAGUACAAUAAAACUUAUAAAAACAACCCAGCGGAAUAUGAAACAAGAUUUGAGCACUUCGUGGCUUCCGUAAUGGAAAUAGACGAUCUGAACUCAAAAUCGCGAGGGCCAGAACAGCAAAGAGCUAAAUAUGGUUUAACUCACUUGUCAGAUAUGUCCAAAGCAGAGUUUGAAGAAAUACAUCUAUCUGAUGAGCAGCCGAAUAGACGACAGUCUACUAAGACCUGGGACGAUACAGAUAACCAUGAUAGGAAUAGAUACAGGGUUGGAAAUCAACAAGGUCGCACGCCAAAUGAAUCUCACGAUAAUGUGUACAUUAUUAUACGGAAUAAAAGAGCAGCGUUGCCACUUCAAGUUGAUUGGCGGGCACAAGGUGUAAUCGGUCCAGUAAAGGACCAAGGGCUCUGUGGUGCGUGCUGGGCGUUCAGCACCAUCGGGGCUAUGGAAGCCAUGGCGGCUAUCUCUACGGGGAAGUUUCAACCGUUGAGUGUUCAGGAAGUAAUAGACUGCGCUGGUUUAGGUAACAGUGGUUGUGCUGGCGGGGAUAUAUGCCUAUUACUCGAUUGGUUACUAAUGACAAAUACAGCCGUGGCCAGUGAUAAGGAAUAUCCGCUAAAGUUGAUGAACGGUGUCUGUGCGUUGAACGCGAACGCGACCGGAGUCAGGGUGAAGACGUUUACUUGUGAUGACCUAGUCGGCGCAGAAGAUAAGAUUCUAAGCACAAUAGCAACCCACGGUCCUGUAGCGGUCGCUGUGAAUGCUCUCACGUGGCAGAACUACCUUGGUGGCGUGAUACAGUAUCAUUGCAGUGGAGCACCAGCAGACUUGAACCACGCGGUGGAAUUAGUAGGCUACGAUUUAACAGCCGAAGUUCCAUACUAUAUAGCAAAGAAUUCGUGGGGCACAGGCUUUGGGUUGGACGGGUAUAUACAACUCGCUAUUGGGAGCAAUGUGUGCGGCCUGGCCAAUGAAGUGGCUAGCGUUGAUGUUAUAGUGUAGUGUUAGUGUUCUAAAGUGUCUAAGUGUUAGUGUUUGUCACUUUGGGAAAGUGUUGGUGUCAAUGAAAAGUGUUAAGUGGCCUUAAAGUGUUAAUACUCAAGGAAAACCCACUGUGUGCGUAAUAUUUCUUAUUUUUCUCGAAAUAUUGUUUGUUAAUUUCUCUGAAAGCUUCUUUAAAUUUAUGACAGUAUAAUUAAGAAUCAAUUUUCUUUAUUACUUUGAUUGCUCUCUACAAGUGU